GCGUUUUAAUGAAACUUUUAUGAUUUUUGCGCAACAACUUGUUGCAAGUGUGUCAACCUGGCUCCCCUCAUUGGACGGUUUCAUUAAUCGGAAAUGCGACGUCACCAGUGGGCCAUGUGUGAACUGUGAACUAUGAUAGGCUACAUAUUUAGGGAGUAUUUCACAACUGAAGAACACAACUCGAAUCGAAGACACAAAGACAGUGACAUUAUCAUAAGAAUCAAGAACUGAGUUUUAGACAACAAUUCGUUUAUUAAUCGGAAGACUAAAGAAACAGCGGGAUACGUCCCUUCUUCAACUAAAUUAGUGCUGAAACAGAAGCAUGUCGGGUAUUAUAUACGAAGCGUUCAAGAGGAUUCACUCCUGGGCGUGUAGGUCAGACGAUGACUUCGCAGACAGACUCAAUUACCGUUACACGGCUAUGAUGCUGGUGAUCACGUCCAUGUUAGUGAGUGCCAAGACCUAUGUCGGUGACCCUAUCCAUUGUUGGACACCAUUACAGUUCAGCGGCGCACACGUGGACUACACGAACAAUUACUGUUGGAUAAAAAAUACAUAUAAAAUUUCACAUAUUGGCUCUCUUCUCCCGGACAAAGACGUCGAUAGGCAAGAGUCUGAGAUUGGAUAUUACCAGUGGGUGCCGAUCGUGCUUGUCCUCCAAGCUGUUUUGUUUUACAUCCCCUGUCUCAUUUGGCGCAUGCUCAACAGCAACUCUGGCAUCAAUCUCCAUAGGUUGACAGCAGCUGUUGAGGACGUUGUUCAGAACCCAGAAAACAGGGACAAGACGGUCGAGUUCAUGGUGAGGACCAUCAACAGGUGUCUGAAGAGCCAGAAAGACACAAGAAAAGGAUUGAUUCAGAAGUUACAAGAUAAACUGGCCCAGAACUGCUGUCUAUUUUGUGGAAAACGAUAUGGCAACUAUCUUCUACCCUUGUACUACCUCUGCAAGGUUCUCUACAUCGUGAACGCUAUUGGUCAGCUGUACCUCCUCAACAGUUUCAUCGGGUCAGAGUACAACCUCUACGGAUUCCAGGUGCUAAGAGACUUAAUCAACGGGACGGACUGGACCGAGUCUCAACGGUUUCCAAGGGUGACCCUCUGUGACUUCUACGUCAGAGAACGUGGACAGAACAUCCAUAGACACACAGUGCAAUGUGUCCUUCCUAUAAAUCUCUUCAAUGAGAAAAUUUACAUUAUUAUUUGGUUUUGGUUGGUGAUUCUCGCCGGCAUCACCAUUUUCAGUCUCCUUCGUUGGUUUUACACCAUGUGCUUUAGCUCCAGGAGCAAGUACAUCAAAGAAUAUUUGCGAUUGGUUGGUGAUUAUGACCCGGAUGUAGACAGAAAUUACGUCGCCAAAUUUGCUGACAAUUACCUUAGACAAGAUGGUACCUUUGUCCUUCACAUGCUUGACAUAAACUUGAAUGACGUCGUCAUGUCAGAGGUCAUAUCCGGUCUGUGGGAGCAUUAUAAAGAAAAUGAAUGUGUUCCUUUGAGCGGGUUUCAUAUACCAGGGGCAACAGCGUCUGCUCCGAACCAGGAUGACGUAAAAGACCCUAACGCACCAUUCAGCCAUAGAGGCAACGGUGCUGUGUCAAAACCGGGAGGAGAUGACAGUAAUGUCUCACAACGAAGACCUCCCGAUUACAAAUCAUAAAAGCAAUUUCAAAUGUGCUUAUGAUGCCACAAUCUAUUGCCAUCAAGGUGGAAGAAACCGAAACCUUCAAUGCAAAGUAUUUAAUUAUACUUCUCAAUUGUUUAUAUGCAGUAAAUGAGACUUGGAUGUUUCAUCCGUGAAGUCUCAAAGUGUACAUCCAUAAAAAGUACAAUCAUUGCAAAAUAUCUAUGCAAAUUAUGCGAAGCAAUCUUUCUAGUUGAACACCAGUUCAAAUCUGAUUCAGAUGUCUACAAGUAUUUUCUAUACUCGUACUGUACUUUAGCUUAGAUUUACAUCAUAUAGUCAACGAGAGGCUGGUAAAACGAGGGACCAAACUCUAACCUGCAAUUGACCAACUUCACCAAUAUCCUUUUAAAGAUAAUGGUAUCAGUGUUAAUUGCAACAUAUUUUUGUAUGAAGUAGAAUUAGACAUAAAAAUUAGUGUACAAUCAGCUCUGACAAUACUACACUUAAUAACAUUCACAGCAUUUAUUUUUUAGACAAUCAUGCUGAAAGUGGGACCAAAA